AUGGUACGUACUAUCCCCUGCCCAGAUACAUCGCUCAAUGCCCAUGCAACGAGUUUCUCCCCCCUAGCAAUCCCAACUCUAGCGGGAGCCACAACCAAAUUUACCGGUCCCCUAGAUAUCCUCCUCCCCUUCCUCCCACUCCUCCUCUUCCCAACCCUCUUUCUAGCCCAUCGCAUCCGGCAAGACUACCAUGCAUACCUAGCCCUAGGUCCAGGAGGGGUACCCUCAACCCCAGCAGGGUACCUCCACAUCUGCAUCCUACGGCCCUUCGCCGUACGAAAUCCCUUCGUACCACCCUCCCUCCCGUGCACCCUCCUCCCCCAAGAGGGCUAUCUCCAAGGUCACAGCCUCCCAGAGCGCUCCGGACCACGCCCAACAGUAGUCGGGAUCGUGCCUCACCGACAAAUAACCCAAAGGGCGAGUGCAGAGAUGUACGCCGCACUGACGGAGGAUAUUCACAGCCUUGUGAACGCACAUCCGACAGUACUAUACGUUGGAACAUCAUGUUUCGAGAAACAUAGUACGGGCAUAUUCUGCAAGCUCGGUCCGGCGGCAUUAUCACGUCAAAGCAAGGAGCAGCAGCAGAAACGGCUCACCUGUAAUGGGGAGGUGUGCCAUGCGCACCCCAUUGACGGUAGCUUGCAUCUUACGCUGCAUCCAGCGGACGUGCGCCUCGUUCUGGAGAAGGGAUGGGGGCAGAGGCAUCCGAUUGCUCGGGAGGACUGGUGGUGGAAACGUUCCGUGCCCUCUGGCUUUGUCUUGAUUUAUGCACCCAGGAAUGAGGAAGAACGCAGAAUUGUAAUGGAGAUCAUUCGCGCUGCUGCAUGGUGGGUGAGAGGAGACGCAUUGGUCGAAUGUUCACGGGAAUGA